AUGACGACUCGACGCAAUGUCAGCGAGAAGACCAUCUCAGAGGUCCAAGGUGGCCCGCCACCCUCUGACCAAGUCUCUGAUACGACGCCAGCAGUUCCAGCCUCUGUCAUCUACAAGCUUCUUGGAUUUACAGUGGCCAUGAUCUGUGCGCCGAUCGGCUCCUAUUUUCUUCUACUCAAUACUCUCUUUGCAGGAAAUGCCACAUAUUCUGGCGCCUUUGCUGCUAUAGUGGCCAAUGUCGUCUUGAUAGGCUACAUUAUCGUCGCAUGGCGAGAAGAUGACAGCGAGAAGGUCGAAGUAGAAGAGAAACGCAAAAAGGCUCAAUAG